AUGGACCUGAUCAACCCCAGCCCGGUAGUCCAUGAGCGGCGUGCAACGAGGCAGAGGGAACGCGUCACUAAUGCCAGAGGUAGAGAGCUCAUCGACAACAUUGAAGUGUACGAGCAUGUCCGGGACAUCAAAGACCCGGAGCACCCAUACUCCCUGGAGCAGCUGAAUGUUGUCAGCGAGGCAGCCAUCGACGUAGACGACGAGCAGGGCAGCGUCAGGGUCACCUUCACACCCACGGUGGAGCAUUGCAGUAUGGCCACCCUCAUCGGCCUCUGCAUCCGCGUGAAGCUUCUGCGUGUGCUCCCCACCCGCUUCAAGGCGAGGCUGGGGCGUGUGGACAUCGUGCUGGCGCCGGGCAGCCAUGACUCCGAGGCCGCCGUGAACAAGCAGCUGGGAGACAAGGAGCGUGUGGCCGCCGCACUGGAAAACCCCAACCUGCUAGAAAUGGUGAAUGCCUGCAUCGCCGGCGCCGCGCCGGCCUGA